AUGGGCGACAAUCUUUCUCGAACCCUCAAAAAGCUUUCCGUUCAAAGCAGAAACCCUCAACGUGAUCAGCACUCAAAGACUCUUCUCUACCUUACCGACUUGGAGCACGAGUUUCGUUCAAGAACAAAACAUCUAGAUACUAAGGAUGAAGUAAACGAACAGAUGAGCAACAUUGUCCAAAUGUUCCACGACCAUCGAACAAGCUCAUGCUACAAUCAUCGCGCUCACACGCAAGUAAAAGGCCACCUGGAAUCCGCAGAUGGACUCAUGGAUUACGCAACCAUUUUGACGAAAAUGAUCGACCAUGCUUUUGGAGACUGUGAACAGUACAUAGAUAUCGCCGGCAAAGCGGCCGAACUGCGAUGGAAGCUACUCGAGGACCCCAAUGCAGAAGAGGAUUAUUAA